AUGUGGUUGUCCCUAGGCGCGCUGCUCCUCGGCCUGGGCUUCGCCGAAGCCCUCUCCGUUGGCCACUGGGCGGAGUUCGUGGCCUACUUGGCGUGCGGCGGCGUCGCCCUCGCCGUCGGGUGCGGCUUCUUCGCCAUCGCAUGCUGCCUCUCGGUUCAAAUUCAUCGCUCUGGCGGCUCGGCUGAUGAGAUGAGAUUCAUUCGCCGGCCGGGCACGCACAGUUUAGUUCCAAUGCCAUAG